AUGUCUAAGGAAACAGUUGUGGUAGAUGGCGAGGCCGGCGCAUUCGACUCCAUCGAGGAGCACGAGUAUCCAGGUGGGCUGCGCCUGACAGCUAUUGUCGCUGCUCUUGUUCUCAGCAUCUUCCUCGCAUCCCUCGAUACGACUAUUAUCACGACCGCCAUCCCUUCUAUUACCAAUGACUUCCACAGCCUCGAAGACGUGGGCUGGUAUGGCUCAGCCAUGUUCUUCCCCUUGGCAGCCACACAAUCGGUAUGGGGGAAAGCGUACAAGUAUUUCCCCGUGAAGCUCGUCUUCCUCAUAGGCAUCGUCAUCUUCGAAGUGGGCAGUCUGAUAUGCGCACUUGCACCAAACAGCAGUGCUUUCAUUGCUGGGCGGGCCAUUACAGGAACAGGCUGCGCUAGUAUCUUUGCAGGAUGCUUUAUCAUCAUUUCUCUGUCUUCGAGACCGCGAAUAAGACCAGCGAUGACGAGUUCACUAUCUGCUACGUUUGCAGUCGCCUCCGUGGUAGGACCAUUGAUUGGAGGCGCAUUUACGCAGAACGUAACUUGGCGCUGGUGCUUCUACAUCAAUCUACCUUGUGGGGGCAUCGCAGCCAUAGCCAUGCUCUUCGCAUUUCGUACCCCAAAGGCUGCAUCGCCAACACCAGCGACUACGAAAGAAAAACUGCUGCAAAUGGACUUUCCUGGUGCCGCUCUCAUUUGUGCCUGCAUUGUCUGCUUUACUCUUGCUUUGCGAUGGGCUGGUGUAGAGAAGCCGUGGUCAGACUCAAGCGUUGUGGGUACUUUGGUCGCGACGCCGACGUUUCUUAUCUUGUUUGGCAUCGACCAAUGGAUCCAAGGAGAAAGGGCGCUCAUCGUGCCAAGUUUCUGGAGGAAUCAGGUCCUAGUCGUUGGUGCUGUCUUCGAGUUCUUCAUUGCAGGCUGUUUCAACCUCGCUCUGUUCUGGCUCCCCAUUUACUUCCAGGCAGUCCGAGGUGUCUCGGCUAUCUCCUCUGGUAUCCGGCUCAUCCCAGUCAUUCUGGGCUUGACCAUUACCCAGAUUGUCGUCGGUGGUCUCAUUACCGCCACAGGUAUCCACAACCCCUUUCUGAUCUUGGGACCUGCGAUCGCGGCUGUUGGAUCAGGUUUGUUCAUGCUUCUUGACGAGAAAUCUAGCGCAGGCCAAUGGAUUGGAUUCCAGAUCGUACUUGGAGUCGGAGUUGGCUUUUGUCUCACAAUUCCGCUCAUGCUAUCGCAAGUCGUUGUCAAGACAAAAGAUGUGUCUACAGCCACGCCCAUCAUCAUCUUUUCUCAAUCAAUGGGCAGCGCCUUCCUACUCCCCACAGCGCAAGCAGUUUUUCAGAACGAGCUAAUGAAGGCACUCCGUCAAUUUGCUCCUAAUAUCGAUCCAGUACUGGUUUUGUCUGCGGGUGCAAAUAGUGAAGCAAUUUUGGGUCUCCCUAGAGGGAACCUAGGAGGUAUCAUCCGGAGUUACAACAGCGCAUUGCGGUCUGCGUUCGCGAUUGGUAUUCCAUUCGCCGGUAUAGCACUGCUAGUUAGCCUGUUUAUGCCCUGGUUCAGAUAUCAUAGUGCAGCGGAAAAGCCAACCGCCAGAACAGCGUUGACCCAAUCGGAGAGUGGCAAAGUAGUGGAAAAUUGA